AUGGCACGAAACAGCGAAAAAGCGCAGUCGAUGCUUUUUCGAUUCCGCGCGCAACAGGCAGCGGACCUCGGAAUCAUCGACAUCGGACGAACGCGUCGCCCCAAAGCCAUCACGUCGGUGGACUCGAUCCCUAUGUGCGAGAAAUGGCGCGGCCAGGUCCUAAAGGAAAUUUCGCGGAAAGUGUCCCGCAUCCAAGAAUCCAGCCUCAGCGACUAUCAGAUCCGUGAUCUGAACGAUGAAAUCAACAAGCUUAUGCGCGAAAAAUGGACCUGGGAAAUGCAGAUUCGCAACCUCGGUGGUCCUAAUUACAUGCGUGGCUCUGGUCGUGUCUAUGACGAUGACGGGAGGGAAAUCCCCGGCGGCGGGAAAGGAUAUCGAUAUUUUGGCCGGGCUAGGGAGCUACCCGGUGUGAAGGAGAUGUUUGAGGCUGCUGCUCGGAGGGGCCGGAAACCUGCAGAAGAAGAGGAAACUAGUGGGCGAGGCGGCGAUAUCGCUACGAAAAAGGUGGACGCGAAUUAUUUUGGUUACGGUCUAGAUGAAGAGGAUGGUACACUGCUGACGUAUGAACGACAGAAGGAGAAGGAGGCUGUUGAGCGUCUACGCAACAAGAAGGAAGAGGACGUUGAAGAUGGUUGGGAGCCUCUACCGGGUGAUGCUGGCGACGGGGUGGAGUGGAGAUUGCCGACCCUAGAAGAAGUACAAGAGGAGUUGGUGGACAGGAGGAGGCGGAGAUUGUUGGAUAAGAUCAUUUGA